CAGUCACCCCUGGGAAACGGUGACAAAGGCUGCCAUGCAGAAGUACCCAAAUCCCAUGAACCCAAGCGUGGUUGGAGUCGAUGUCCUGGACAGACACAUAGACCCUAGUGGGAAGUUGCACAGCCACAGGCUCCUCAGCACAGAAUGGGGAAUCCCCUCCAUUGUGAAAUCGCUCAUCGGCACAUGCAGAACAAAGACAUAUGUUCAGGAGCACUCUGUUGUUGAUCCAGUGAAAAAAACAAUGGAGCUUAGAUCCAGUAAUAUUUCGUUUACAAACUUAGUGUCGGUAGAUGAGAGGCUUGUCUAUAAACCACACCCUCACAAACCAGACAAAACCAUUUUGACACAAGAAGCAAUAAUAUCUGUAAAAGGUGUCAGUCUUAGCAGUUACCUAGAAGGGCUAAUGGCAAACACAAUUUCUUCCAAUGCUAAUAAAGGCCGUGAAGCAUUGGAAUGGGUAAUUAACAGACUGAACGCUGAAAUUGAAGAGUUCGCAGCUUCAGAGAGGAACCAUGAGGAAUUCAAUGGCAGCAGCAGCAUUUGUAGAGAAAUGAUAGUAAAUGUACCUGUAUUACUAAUAAGGUUUAACUAUUUAAAGCUUUUCUCUAAACCUAACUACAGGUCUCCUUUGUUAUUUAAAGGCAUACCUGUGUAUUGGGCAUGGUUCAAAUUUAAUUUGGAGAAAAGCUGAAUUCUUACUAAUGAGGCUGACGUGCAAAGCCCAGUUCAUAUAUUGGUUCAGCUGGACCGAAUUUCGGUUACAAAUGAAGAAAAAAUUUUCAAGGCUAGUUCCUGUACGUACACUAACUUAUAAUGUUUGCAGACGUG